GCUGUGAUUACGAUAUUUCCCACAGCGCCUGAAUGUAGCAAAAAGCUCUCGGUGACGGAGCAGCAGAGACAGAAAAGCGGCAGGGAGCUGCAAGCAUCGUCUCAUACCGUCGCAGGACAGAAAGGUGUGAAAAUAUUAGUCCUCUCGACAGCCUAGUACACGGAGACGGCAUUGUUUUGAUAAUGCUGUCACACUCUGAAAAUCUCCGUAUCAGCGGAGAUAUGGAGACGCUGGGACGGAUAGCAGCAACACCGGACGCCCUGGACUUCACGGUGGAAAACGUAGAGAAGGCCCUUCAUCAGUUGUACUACGAUCCCAAUAUAGAAAACAAGAAUCUGGCCCAGAAAUGGCUUAUGCAGGCUCAGGUCUCGCCUCAGGCCUGGCAGUUCUGCUGGGCCCUACUGAGCCCAGAUAAGGUGCCAGAGAUCCAGUACUUUGGUGCUAGCGCGCUUCACACCAAGAUCUCUCGCUACUGGUCAGACAUCCCCACAGACCAGUAUGAGUCUCUAAAGACCCAGCUGUUCUCCCAGAUUGCCUGCUUCUCCUCCGGCUCCAAGAUGGUGCUUACCCGGCUAUGUGUGGCCCUGGCCUCUCUGGCACUCAACACAAUGCCUGAGGCCUGGCCUGGCGCAGUGGCAGAGAUGGUGCGGGUGUUCCAGGAGGAGGGGGGAGGGGUGGAUGGGCGGGCACGCUGCCUGGCAUUGCUGGAGCUGCUCACCGUCCUGCCAGAGGAGUUCCAGACCAGCCGCCUGCCGCAGUACAGAAAGGGACAGGUUCGGGGCGCCCUGGGCCGUGAGUGGGGGUCAGUGUGUCCCUUACUGCAGCAACUGCUGAGAAGGACAGAUAGCCCCGGGGCGGUGAAAGCUCGCGUGCUGCGCUGCCUGUCAUCCUGGGUGCUGCUGGAUGUGCCCCUCAACGAGAGUGAAGGCCUGGUGCAAGACUGCUUCAGUGCCCUGCCUGACCCAGAGCUCUUUGACACAGCGGUAGAGGCAAUCGUCAACGCCAUCUCACAGCCUGACUCCCAAAGAUAUGUGAACACUUUGCUGAAACUGGUUCCUCAAGUGCUGGCCCUCCAGGAGCAGCUCAGAGAGGCGGUUCAGAAUGGAGACAUGGAGACCUGCCAUGGUAUCUGCCGUAUCGCCGUUACACUGGGAGAAAACCACUCCAGGACUCUGUUGGAGCAGGUGGAUCACUGGCAGAGCUUCCUGGCUUUAGUCAACAUGAUCAUGUUUUGUACAGGCAUCCCCGGCCACUACCCGGUCAAUGAGACCACCAGCUCGCUCACACUCACCUUCUGGUAUACACUACAAGAUGAAAUAAUGUCAUUUGAGUCGGAUAAGCAGGCAGUGUAUCUGCAGGUCUACAGGCCAGUAUAUUUCCAGCUGGUGGAUGUUCUGCUACACAAAGCCCAGUUCCCCUCUGACCAGGAGUAUGCAUCCUGGUCCUCCGAUGAGAAAGAGCAAUUCAGGAUUUACAGGGUGGAUAUCUCAGACACACUCAUGUACGUGUAUGAGAUGCUGGGAGCAGAGCUGCUGAGUAACCUGUAUGAUAAACUAGGGAGACUGUUGACUAACGCAGAGCAGCCCACAUCAUGGCAGCACACAGAAGCCUUACUGUAUGGCUUCCAGUCCAUAGCAGAGACGAUAGAUGUGAAUUACUCUGACGUCAUCCCAGGCCUGAUAGGACUCAUCCCCAGAAUCAACAUCAACAACGUCCAACUAGCAGACACAGUGAUGUUCACUAUAGGUGCUUUGGCUGAAUGGUUGGCAGACCACCCAGUGAUGCUCAGCAGUGUCUUGCCCUUGGUGCUCCAGGCGUUGGGGAACCCAGACCUUUCUGUUUCUUCUGUGUCUACACUCAAGAAAAUUUGUAGGGAGUGCAAAUAUGACCUGCCACCCUACGCAACCAACAUAGUAGCUGUCUCUCAGGAGGUGCUUAUAAAGCAGAUCCACAAGACGAGUCAGUGUAUGUGGCUGAUGCAGGCUCUCGGCUUCCUGCUCUCAGCUCUCCCUGUGGAAGAGAUCUUAAGAAACCUUCACUCUCUCAUCACCCCCUACAUUCAGCAACUGGAGAAGUUAGCGGAUGAGACGCCCAAUCCCUCCAAUAAAUUAGCAAUCAUCCACAUCUUGGGGCUGCUGUCCAACCUCUUCACUACGCUCGACAUCAGCAAGCAGGACGAUGAGUCAGCAGACGGCUCAGCACCACCUGUCAAAACAGCCCCCCCUCCGCCUGGACCAAACCCAGUGGUGGUGGUUUUGCAACAAGUGUUUGCUCUCAUACAGACUGUACUGAGUAAGUGGCUCAAUGACUCGCAGGUUGUAGAGGCGGUGUGCGCCAUCUUUGAGAAGUCAGUGAAGACUCUGCUCCAUGACUUUGCUCCCAUGGUGUCUCAGCUCAGUGAGAUGCUUGGACAGAUGUACAGUACAAUUCCCCAGGCCUCAGCCCUCGACCUCACACGACAGAUGGUGCAUAUCUUUGCCAGUGAGACAGACCACUUCCCACCCAUCAAGGCUCUGUUUGAGCUAGUUACCUCGGUAACGCUGUCCAUCUUUCAGCAAGGACCCAGGGAUCAUCCUGAUAUUGUUGAUUCAUUUAUGCAACUCCAAGCUCAGGCCCUCAAACGGAAGCCCGAUUUGUUCUUGUCUGAGAGUCUUGACGUGAAAGCAGUGUUCCACUGUGGAGUUCUGUCUCUCAAAUUUCCUGAGGCUCCAACAGUCAAGUCAACGUGCUUGUUCUUUACUGAACUGUUACCCCGCUGCUCAGAUGUGCCUCCAGUGGCCAGAGUGGUGCAGGAAGACGGAAAACUGUUGAUCCAGGCCGUGCUGGAGGGCAUCGGGGGCGGGGCAUCUCGAUGCCUGAUGGACCAGUUUGCGGAAGUGCUUUUCUCUCUGAACAAGCACUGUUUUUCUCUGCUCGCUGUGUGGUUGAAGGAGGCCCUGCAGCCUCCUGGGUACCCAUCAUCACGGGUCACGACUGAACAGAAAGACAACUUCUCACAUCAGAUACUCAGAGAACGAGUGAACAAGAGGAGGGUUAAGGACAUAGUGAAGGAGUUCACACUACUGUGCAGAGGGCUCCAUGGUACAGAGUACGCUGCUGAAUACUGAAACUCUACCCUUGAACUCUCACCCAACCGGACCUCUGCCCUCAGCGCCAAACAGCUGGAUGCCACAACGAAACAGUUCUCACAAACCCCAUCAGCAAAGAUAUCAUGAAAUGAUUGUAAUAAUAAACCUGCCCCAGCAGGGUAAGACAUGGAACCAUUCCAGCACAGACCUGCCAUCAGAUUAAUGGACAAACAUUAAAUCCCUGGUGGCUUGAAGGGAGGCUGUCCUCUCUGCUCUUAUUAUUUUUUUUUGUUAUUAGAUGGACUGUUCCUCUUAUUUCUUUGGAAGAGCUUUGAGCAGCCCUCCCAGCAUGCUGCCUCUCGCCUCCUUCUAUCUCUGUCGUGUUCUGCCUUUCUAGAUCUUCCUGUGGUUCCUAGAUUGUUUCCUGGUGAUUAGCAUCCAUAUGAAAUGGUAGUGGUAUCGUACGUAGCUACUUGACAUUAUUUUUCAAAAAUGAAAUCAAAUGAAUUAUAUAAAUGUAUAUGUAUACACAUAUGGAAAGAUGGUGGUCGUCAGUCCUGCUGCUGCUAAUGGGAAAAGAGAAGGACCAAUGUCAGGAGGGGAUUCUGCAGGAAAAAUGACAUUAAUACAAUAAUAUUUACUCACAACCAUGCCCGUGAUCUCUGCAUUUGCCAAAUGAUCUUGAAAUGUUUUGUGAAUUUGUCCUUUUUUUUUGUUAAAUAUGCCUUUUGGGGGCUAUAAGUGGAGAAAGAGACAAAAACCACAUGACUGGACUAUAAACUGUCUGCUCUCUUGCCCAGCCCUCCAUGUACAGGGCUGUACCUCAUGUACAUACACUCCCACCCAGUCAUACUGCAGUCUCCUCAGAUUGUAGAGAGUGGUAUUUAUGCAUUGGUCCCUUAGGUAAAGCAGGACUGUGAAGAGAGAAGGCUGGAGGGGGAAAAGGAAUUCUAGUAGCUGGCAGUGAGAAAGAGACACAAGCUGGAAACUGAGAAGGGAACUGAGUGUUUGGAGGGAUGAAUAAUCCUGACUGAAGGACUGCUUAGUCACUGUAAUUGUGCAAAAAUAUUAAUCAAGUUGUGCAUAUUAACAGUUAUUGCUGAA